UGGUUAGGAGCUGGCGGCUAUGGUUCAUGUAAAGGUUAAUUUCGUAAAUUCAGUUAAUAGUGUUACCGAAAGCAAGGUUUAAAUAACAACGUCCCUCAGUUCCCUCCCCCGCCAUAGCUUUUUCUCCUCAAGCUCCAACAAUGGCGGUUACAGAUUUCUUUGUUGGAGAGAUAGCCACUGAGCUUCUCAGAAUGGUGGUACAACUUUCGACCAAAUCCUGCCUUUGUAAAACGACGGCAGCUCAAAUUGCCAAUUCUAUUCAACAAAUCCUGCCGAUUAUCGAAGAGAUCAAGUACUCGGGAGUUGAAUUACCCGCUCAUCGUCAAUUUCAGUUAGACCGCUUCAGCGAGACUCUUAGAAGAGGCAUCGAGAUUUCCGAGAAGGCUCUUAAAUGUGGCCGAUUAAACAUUUACAGAAACUUACGGCUCGCGAGGAAGAUGGAGAAGCUCGAAAAGGAUAUAUGUCGAUUCAUUAGUGGCACCAUGCAGGCGCAUAUACUGGCCGAUGUGCAUCAUAUGAGAUUCGAGACCACCGAGCGGUUUGACCGGCUUGAAGGUGUUUGGUUGGAGAGGCGGCUUGAGUCAAUGAAGAUUAGAGCAGAUGCUUCGGGAGAGGAAAGGUGGUGGGUUGAGGAGGCGUUGAAGAAGGCCGAGGAGGAGGAAAGGUAUGAGAGUAAUUUGGUGAAUAUAGGAACUGGAUUGCGUGUGGGGAAGAGAAAAUUGAAGGAGCUGAUGAUUGGAAGGGAGGAUUUAACGGCGGUUGGGAUUAGUGGAAUUGGGGGUUCGGGGAAGACCACUUUAGCUAGAGAAUUCUGCAAAGAUCCGGAAGUUCGAAGACACUUUAAAGAGAGAAUUUUGUUCCUAACAGUGUCACAGUCCCCUGAUGUGGAGCAACUGAGGAGAACGAUCUGGGGAUUUGUGAUGGGUUGCGACAAUGUCAAUUCUAAUGAUUUCAUUUUACAUGGGAGGCCUUCAAAUUCAGCGCUUUUGGUUUUGGAUGAUGUGUGGUCAAUUUCAGUUCUUGAAAAUCUGAUUCCAAAUGUAACUGGCUGCAAAACUCUUGUUGUUUCACGAUUCAAAUUCCCUGAAGUUCUUAGAGAAACUUAUGAAGUAGAGUUGUUGAAGGAAAGUGAAGCAAUUGCUCUGUUUUGCCACUCGGCUUUCGGACAACAGUCUAUUCCUUUGUCUGCUAACCACAACUUGGUCAAACAGGUUGUGAAUGAGUGCAAAUGUUUGCCUCUGGCUCUUAAAGUAAUUGGAGCAUCACUCAGAGGACAGAGCGAGAUGUUCUGGAAUAAUGCCAAGUCUAGGUUGUCACGUGGCGAGCUUAUUUGCGAGUCCCAUGAAAACAAAUUGCUUCGAAGAAUGGCAAUCAGUAUUGAACGCCUCUCGAGUAAAGUGAGAGAAUGUUUUCUCGAUCUAGGAUGCUUUGCUGAAGACAAAAAGAUUCCUCUCGACAUUCUCAUCAAUGUUUGGAAGGAGUUGCAUGAUCUUGAUGACGAAGAAGCUCUUGCCGUUCUUUUCGAGUUAUCUCAGAAGAAUCUUCUUACGUUGGUGAAAGAUGCACGCGGUGGUGACAUUUAUAGCAGUUAUUAUGAGAUGUAUGUCACUCAACACGAUGUCUUAAGGGACCUUGCCCUUCAUUUCAGUUGCCAGGAGAAUGUAAAUGACCGCAAGCGAUUACUGAUGCCAAAAAGCGACACAGAGCUUCCAAAAGAAUGGUUAAGGAAAUCAGCACAGCCAUUUAAUGCCCAGCUUGUUUCAAUUCACACAGGUGAAAUGAAAGAAAUGGAUUGGACGCACAUGAUAUUUCCUGAAGCUAAAGUGCUCAUUCUAAACUUCUCCUCGAUUGGAUACUUCUUGCCUUCUUUUCUUUGCAACAUGCCGAAGCUAAGAGCAUUAAUUGUGCUAAAUAACAAUGCAACACAUGCAACUCUCUCCAAUUUCUCAGUUUUUUCUAGUUUGGUCAACUUGAGAGGCAUCUGGCUGGAAAAAAUUUCCAUGACACGACUAUUCGAUGCUUGUACGCCAUUGAAACAUCUAAGGAAGAUAUCUCUUGUUUUCUGCAAGAUUAACAACAGCCUUGACGAGUCAGCGAUACAUCAGAUCUUCCCGUUCCUUUUCGAACUCAAAAUUGAUCACUGCAACGACUUGUUUAAGCUACCUUCAAGCAUUUGUGAGAUGCAAAGUCUGAAGUGUCUUAGUGUCACCAACUGCCAUAAUCUCAGUCAACUCUCUACCAACUUAUGGAAGCUGAAAAAUCUACAAAUCUUGAGGCUUUUUGCUUGCCCACUUCUCACAUCUCUACCCCCAAGCAUUUGUGUACUUUCUUGUCUAAAGUACAUUGACAUCUCCCAAUGUGUCUACUUAACCAGCCUUCCUGAAGAAUUCGGUAAGCUGACAAACCUAGAGAAAAUUGACAUGAGAGAAUGCUCGCUCAUAAGGAGACUACCUAGAUCAGUUGUGUCUUUGCAAUCUCUCUGUCAUGUAAUCUGCGAAGAAGACGUCUCGUGGCUAUGGGAGGAUUUGAAGGGUCACAUGCCUAAUUUGUACAUUCAAAUCGCCGAGAAAUGCUUUGACUUAGAUUGGCUCAACGAGUGACAGUCAACUUUGUUGUAAUUGUUGGUUUUCUUUUAUGUACAUAACUUUCUCUAUUCUCAAAAGUAAGCAAUAAUGCUAGUUCUUAGUGUUUUGAGCUCAUCACGAUCCAUUCGUGGAUCCAUCCAUCGAAUGGAGCUUAAAAUAUCAAGGCUACUAUUGUAUUUUAGUCAAAAGAAUAAAGUGUUCACUCCAUGGUUGGAGUUGCCAAGAAA